AUGACAGACACAACCAGCCAACAACCCCCCACCGGAACAGAAGAUCAACAGAAAAAAGAGGCACUGGCCGCCUUCACCGCGACCCUCCACUCGGUCGGAACAAACCUCGAAGCACCGCUCCGCGAUCGCGCAACAACCAUAACCGCAAACGAAGCUGCGUUGCAACGACAGGAGACCGAGUUGGCGGAGACCACCGCGCGCCUUGCGAAGCAGAAUGCGCAGUUGGCGGGGCUGGCAGAUGAGGCGCGGGAUGGGCUGAAGGAGAUUGGAGAUGUGCAGAACUGGGCGGAGAUGAUCGAGCGGGAUCUUUUGGUUCUCGAGGAUAUGAUGGAUGAUGUCGAGAAAAAGGAUGCGGAGAGGGAGGAGCUCGAGCGAGACCAUGGAGAGAAUGGCUUUGCUCAUGGUGGGGAGAAUGGAGAUGUUGCUAUGAAUGGGAACGAUAGUAGCAACGGAAAGAAGGAUACAACGUCGCGAGGCUGGUUACGUUGGUGGUAG